AUCGGAGAUAGAUGCGCGUCUCGCUGGAGUGUAUUGGAGUGUAUGAGAUCAUUAAGGAAUCAAUGGAUCAGCAAACUGUAUCCAAGAGAUCAUACAGAACAACAACACAUGUCUUCUUAUAGAAACUACUGGAAGCUCUUCAAUGACGAAUCUGAACUGCUCUGGACGUCAUCAGAGACGAACGGCCCCUCAACAUGCAGACAGCAGAAAUGAGCUGGUCAGAGCGCCGAUGCACUCCAGGGUCAAUGGCUGGUCAUCGCCACUCCACGUUUUCCAGCUGAUCGCAUGGCUCAUGUACAGCUUCAUGGCCAUUGUGGGAUUCGGGAUUUAUAUUCCUCUUCUGCCAUCGCCAUGGAAAUUUGCAGCGUAUGGUUUGAUUGGCAUAGCUUUUGUCCUGCAUUUGUUCACUCAUGUGGCGGCUGUAACAAUCGACCCUGCAGAUCUCAACGUUCGCACCAGGAAGGAUUACUCCAGCCCAAUGCCUGUGUUUGACAACACCAAACAUCAACACGUCAUCAACAAUCUGCACUGCAGCCUGUGUGAGGUGGAUGUGGGACCUAAAGCCAAACACUGCAGCAACUGCAACAAGUGCAUAGCAGACUUUGAUCAUCACUGUAAAUGGCUGAACAAUUGUGUUGGAAGGAGGAACUACUGGCUCUUUUUCAUAACCAUCUCGUCUGCUGUUUGUGGAAUAUUUCUCCUCACUCUUGUCGUGUUGUUUGUCUUCAUUGAGCAUCAUGUGAAUCCAGCUGUUCUGCGCACUGCACCGCAGUUUCAGACUGUAAGAGGAAAUGGAACAUGGCUCGUUUUCCUACCGGCAGCACCGUUAGAGACCAGCUCCAUUAGUCUGUUAGUGUUGGCGUUCAUCUCCAUCAUGUUGGGACUGGCUUGUCUAUUAUUGCUUUGCCAUUUACUCUGCUUCCAUAUUUACUUGUUGUCUGAAGGCAUUAGCACCUAUGAGUACAUUAUUAGGAAGCGUCAGUCACUAAACCCCAAAGAGAAAGAGCAGAGUGUUCCUCCUGCAAUGACUUCUAAUGGAACCACCACACAGAGCCUUGGGCCGUUGGAAUCGCCUGUCAGUUGUGAAGCUCCAUUGUCCAGCAGGUCUUGUACCUUCAAGCUGGAAGAAAUAGGACAAACAUCCAGUCGAUUGCCAGAGCCCAUCUGUGCUGAGAUGGAGGCAUCCAGCGGAGAGAGACACGUGGACUUCAGCUCAGAAUCACCAAUACAAAAGAUUCCUGGUGAGCCUACGUUGUCACUUCCCGUGGGCUGGAACCUCAGCGGGAUCGAGAAGCCUCAAGCCCCAGGACAGAAUAACGUGAAGUCUGAGGGAAUUCCCAUCGUACAAGAUACGCUGGGGAGUUCCAUCAUGGAUGCAACAGUGGUUCAUCAACAGCUGAUCACAGACACUCAACCAGAGGCCAUGCAUCCUCAGUAUCUAGGGUAUAAAGAGCAGAUGCCAUAGGUAAUCAUGUGACAGCUGGAGGAUAUGACAUCAUGAAUGUCCAGAGAGCGAUGGGGAGCACAGAUCCUUUCUGAAUAAACGCUUGAUUUGAUUGGAAUUGCAGUCCAACAUACUAUUCUGAAUUUUGCUGAAGUGUGCACAUUUUCUGUAAGCAUGAAAUGGACUAUAUGCUUUCAGGACCCUCUGAUGAAUUGUACAUUUUUAUAUUUCCAGGUAAUGUCGUUUAAAAUGUAAAGCUGGUUUAUUUUUAAAGGAAUUGUUCAUAACUCAUCAAGGUUGAAAUGCAAACAAUGUUAUGACACUACUGCAGCUAUUAGAUGAAUAAAUGCUCCACUGCAUUAAUGUUGCAGACCCUAGCAACCAGCUAGAAGACCCUAGCAGUGCCUAGCAACCAAACAAAAGACCCUAGCAACCAGUUAGAACAGCCUGGCCAUGACUAGCAACCAACUAAAAGACCUUAGCAACCAGCUAGGACGCACUAGCAAUGCCUAGCAACCAGCUAGAAUACAAUAGCAAUGCCUAUGAACCAACCUAAAAACCCUAGCAACCAGCUAGAAAACCUUAGCAAUGCCUAGCAACCAACCAAAAGGCGCUAGCAACCAGCUAGAAGGCCCUAGCAAUGCCUAGCAACCAAACAAAAGACCCUAGCAACCAGUUAGAACAGCCUGUACAUGACUAGCAACCAACUAAAAGACCUUAGCAACCAGCUAGGACACACUAGCAAUGCCUAGCAACCAGCUAGAAUGCAAUAGCAAUGCCUAUGAAUCAACCUAAAAACUCUAGCAACUAGCUAGAAAACCCUAGCAAUGCCUAGCAACCAACCAAAAGUCGCUAGCAACCAGAUAGAAGACCCUAGCAAUGCCUAGCAACCAAACAAAAGACCCUAACAACCAGUUAGAACAGCCUGGACAUGACUAGCAACCAACUAAAAGACCCUAGCAACCAGCUAGGACACACUAGCAAUGCCUAGCAACUAGCUAGAAUACAAUAGCAAUGCCUAUGAACCAACCUAAAAACCCUAGCAACCAGCUAGAAAACCCUAGCAAUGCCUAGCAACCAACCAAAAGGCCCUAGCAACCAGCUAGAAGACCCUAGCAAUGCCUAGCAACCAAGCAAAAGAUGCUAGCAACCAGCUAGAAGACUCUAGCAAUGCCUAGCAACCAACCAAAAGAUCCUAGCAACCAGUUAGAACAGCCUGGCCAUGCCUAGCAACCAACUAACAGACCCUAGCAACCAGUUAGAACACCCUCGCAAUGAAUUUAUAUUAUAUUGAAUUUAUAGCAAUGAAUGAAUAUUAGAUUAAUAAAUGCUCCACUGCAUUAAUGUUCUGUAUUUUUUAUUUUUAUAUUUUGAAAUAAAAGCCCACAGGUUUUUCUCAGGAUGCUUAUGAUUCAUACACCACAUGAUGGGGCUGUUGAGUGAUGAUGUCAUCUUUAAACUGCCCAUCUAGCUCAUGUCAAUCACAACAUCAUGGCUCAAAGCAGUAAAAGUGUGCUCAAUUGCCUCAUUCUGUUAAACUGUUUGAAUUCGUCUGGGCAUUGAAAAAUCAUGCACUGUUCGGUGUUCAACAGGGGAUCUUGGAUUACUGAAGACAUUUUAAGGGAAUUUUGUGUUUGUUAUUAUUAUUUAUUGUGUAUGUUAUUUUACUAUUUGUAUUUUAUUUUCUACAAUCUAGGGAACACCGGGGCUAGUUGUCACAGGGGUUAAAUCUCAGUAAGUGUAACAUUUUGAGCCGAAAGUCCAUUUACACAAAUGCAUGUUUUCACUAGCAGUAGUUUUGUACGUUGGUUUCAAACAUCUAGUACAAAAGUGAAUUAAAGGAAUAUUGCAGGUUCAAUACAAGUACCACAAAUAUUCAUUCAGAGAUGCCCCUCGUUUAUAAAGGGGGAUUUCAAUGAGACACUUACAAUGGAAGUGAAGGGGGCCAAUCAUUAAACGUUAAAAUAUUCACUGUUUCAAAAGUAUAGACACAAGACAUAAACAAUAUACAUGUUAACAUUAUUUUAGGGUGAUAAAAUCACUUCCUAACAUUUUCCGUGUAAAGGUACACUGUAAAAUGUUAUAAGUAAAUAUGCUUAUUUGGCUCAAGUAAAGUGGACCCUAGUUCACUUUACUUGAGCCAAAUAAGUAAAUUUACUGCCAAUUUACUGUUUACUAUUUUAAGGCAAUCAGUUUACAUACUUUUUUAAGUAAGGUUAACAAGUAGAUUUUACAGUGUAUAGCCAAUAUUACAAUUUAGUUGCCACCCUGUAAUUCUAGUAUUGGAUAUGACUUAAAAAAAAAACCUUUAAAUUUUACUGUCAUGAAUCAUUUUGUGUUUCAAAACUGUUUCACCCUUUAAAUUUAGCUGAAAAGCCUAUACUAGUCUAUUUUAAGGCAGGCUGUGACAACUUACCCCACAUAUGAUGAAAAUGUCCUUCUGUGGGUCAUAGCUGGGGUCAUAAUGUAAUUUUAUGUAGUGAAGAAUAAGCUAUGUGUCUAUAUAGGAAUUAACUUUCAAAAAUAAACCUACAAAUGCACUGUUGUAAAUAGUGUGACAACUUCCCCUGACUUCCCAUAUUCAGACUAUUAUGUAAUCCCAGUCACUAGUGUAACAAUUAGUGGAUUUUAUGCUUUAUUCUCAAUGCUCCAAGCUGAGCUCUGGAGAGAUGAAUGCAUUCACGGAGGUUUGUGUAGACAUCUUUUCAGCAUUCCAACAUUACUAUCUUAAUCUUGUUUACCAUCUCAGAGGAAACUACUGAAGAUAUUUCGGUUCAGGCUGCACACCAAAGCACAUGUUCCAUCAUUGAAUUAAUUUGUUUGUAAGCAUGUUUAACUUCAGUAAAAUGUACUUUGAUGUAAGAAUGUGAGGCUUUGCUUCUACUGUCUGCCUUUAUGCAACACUUAAUCACUCUUUACACACACAAUUAGGGUCGAAUUUUAUUUUAAAAACCAUUUUGUAUAUAUAUUGUAUAGAGUUUGAGUCCCUCUGCAGCUCUUGGUUCACUGUUCAGGUUGGCGUGCUGCCCAUAAAGGUCAAACAUUAUGGCUGGAAAUUGAAACGUUGUGGGUUUGAACCCGACGAGUGGUGCAUGAACUGUCAGCAUUGUGCCCUUAACAUCAGACUGUAUAGACAAGUAUACUAUAGUUUGCUCUGUAGUUUUUAUUUAUUUAUUUCAUUAUUUUACAUUUCAUUAUUUUUUUUAUUUCUUUUUUUUUUUAUCAUUGGAAAAAAAGCAUAACAGCAUUUUAAUUUCUUCUCUGUAUUUUAAUUGCAUUUUUAAUUGCUUCUCUGAUUUAUUUAAAUAUGCUUAACACUGCUAAGUGUAAAAUGUGCUCAAUUAAUGCCAAAGCAAACGUAGUUGCAUUGCCAUUUACCAAACUGUAUUGUACUUCAUAUAAAUACUUCACAUUUAUUCUGAAGUUAAAAA